AUGGAGGGAAUGAAGUUUGUCUCGUUUGAUAUAGACUAUUGGGUCACUUACCUCACCUUUAUCUCAGAGUCCAUCACAGAUGAUACAAAAGAAGUAUUGGAGUUAUUUGAAGAAGCGAGAUAUAAAAUCGGUUAUAGCUACUUUAGUGGAGAAUACUAUGCAUUGUACUUAUCUUUCCUUAAGUCUUAUGCAACACACGAAAACAGGUACAUGGAGAAGUAUGCCCUUUUGCUACGCCAUGUUAUCGAGCUUCCAAUUUAUAAUGGUGCAAUUUUCCUCAAAGAGCUUCUUGAAUAUAUUGCAAUCCAGAAUAUCAGAAAGGUCAAUCUCGGUUUCUUGCUUCCUGACCACCAAUUGAAGCAGUUGAAAGAUCAAGAGAAUAACAAUUUUUCAACAAUUUCGCAGAAGCUUGAUAAGUGCUUCCGAAAUACUUUUGAAGUCUCUCAAUUUAAAAUUCAUGAGAUGUAUCUAUUUGAGUCUCAACUUGGUAGGCAUUUGCAAUUUUCUUCAUCGCAAAUGACUUCCGAGGAAGUUGAUUUAUGGCAUUUAUACCUCGAUUACAUCGAACAAAAUUAUCCUUUCCUCUUCUUGCAGCAGGUUUAUGAGAGAUUGCUUUUGGUCUCAGCGUUGUCAUCUGAGUUUGCUAUACGAUAUUUCAAUUUAUUACUACUCUUGAACAAAAGGAGCCAAGCUCGAAGCGUGUUGGAGCGAAUUUCAUCAUUCGUUCCCACAAGACAGAAAUAUGAUGCUCUUGUCCGCCUUGUUGAUCUUGAAAUACAUAAGAAUAAUCUUCACCGUGCAAGAGAUUUGAUUAUCAACAAUUUAGAGCUCAACAAUGAUAUUCCGUUUGAGAUUUAUGAAAAGUUAGUUCAUUUGGAGUCUUUGGUUAAUCCCCGAGAUGAUGGAACCUAUUUAUGCAAACUAACAACUGAAAUUGUCUUGACAACAAAUUCAACCAACUUCUUGAUAAACCUCAGAAAUUAUAAGAUUGUUCCAUCUGUUUUGGUUGAAUGUCUAAAGCUGUUUCUUGCAGAAGAUGGAGAGUUCAAUAAUGUUGGAAAACAAAUGAAUACAGAACAGUUUGAGCGAUUACAGGAAUUCUACUUCAGAGUCUUGAGUUUGGAAUCAAUAAGUCGGCCAGCGCCUUAG